AUGGAGCAGCAGAAAGAGAAGGAGAAACUGCAGAAGGGGAUAGCUGAGUUCUACGACGGGUCCUCCACCCUAUGGGAGAACAUUUGGGGCGAUCACAUGCACCACGGCUUCUACCACCCUGAUUCCACCGUUUCUGUUACCGAUCACCGCGCUGCUCAGAUCCGAAUGAUCCAAGAGUCGCUUCGUUUUGCCUCUCUUUCUGAGGAGCGUACGAAAUGGCCCAAGAGUAUAGUUGAUGUUGGGUGUGGCAUAGGGGGCAGCUCCAGGUACUUGGCCAAGAAAUUUGGGGCAAACAGCGUUGGCAUCACUCUCAGUCCUGUUCAAGCUCAAAGAGCCAAUGAUCUUGCUGCAGCUCAAGGAUUGGCUGACAAGGUUUCUUUUCAGGUUGCUGACGCUUUGGAGCAACCAUUCCCUGAUGAGCAGUUUGAUCUGGUGUGGUCCAUGGAGAGUGGAGAGCAUAUGCCUGACAAAACUAAGUUUGUUGGAGAGUUAGCUCGGGUAGCAGCACCUGGUGGCACCAUAAUAAUAGUAACAUGGUGCCACAGGGAUCUUGGCCCUGACGAACAGUCCCUACAACCAUGGGAGCAAGAUCUACUGAAGAAGAUUUGUGAUGCAUAUUAUCUUCCAGCCUGGUGCUCAGCUGCUGAUUAUCUCAAAUUGCUCAAAUCCCAGUCACUCCAGGAUAUCAAGUCAGCAGAUUGGUCACCCUUUGUUGCCCCAUUUUGGCCAGCAGUGAUACGUUCCGCGUUGACAUGGAAUGGCCUCACUUCACUCUUGUGCAGUGGUAAGCUCAACGUUCAUCUAAAAAUUAUUUUUUUACGACGUUAA